CGUAUAAAAAAAGAAAAAAAGAAGGUGAAAAAAAACGAUAAGAGGGGUGGUGAGUCGUCGCCGCCGCCUGGACCAAACACCGAGACCAGGAACCGGAAGGAGGACGUCGAUGGGCGAAAAACCUAAGAAACCCUAGAUUUCUCCCCAAAUCUCUAAUUUCUUGCUCGCUUUUUGGGAGAUUUUCGUUCUUUGGGAGACAGACAAAGAGGAAGAGGAUUCGAUCGACAGAGAAAAGCCAGAUGGUCAGACGAGAGCGAGAUCUCCCAAGAUAUGCUUCCAGACUUCAUAACCCCCAAAAAGGAAGAAAAAGAAAAUCUAUGUACUUAAUUCUCGCCAAGUGUUCAGAUCCAUUGCUGUACUUUGGUGUUGAAGAUUUAUUGCUAUCUUUUGGUAUUGAAGUUGCAUUUUUUGAAUUGAAGAAUUUAGCAGUUAUAUUUGAUGGAUGAUGACUGUUCCUAUGGAUAACUUGUCAGCUCCUUUGUCAAGGGAGCAUGUUCAACGCCUUUACAACAAGAAUAUUGGGCUGGAAAAUAGACGUCGAAAGUCAGCACAGGCAAGAAUCCCCUCUGAUCCAAAUGCAUGGCAACAGAUGCGUGAGAAUUAUGAGGCCAUAAUCCUUGAAGAUCAUUCCUUUUCUGAGCAGCAUGAAAUAGAGUAUAAGCUGUGGCAGUUGCAUUACAGGAGAAUUGAGGAGUUGAGAGCACAUUUGACUGCUGCUCUAGGUCCUUCUGGCUCAGCUACAUCACUGAGUGGGAAAGGUCCUCGCCCUGAUCGAAUUACAAAAAUACGUUUGCAAUUUAAGACCUUUCUUUCUGAAGCAACUGGAUUUUACCAUGAUUUAAUUUUGAAGAUCAGAGCAAAAUAUGGGUUGCCUUUGGAUUAUUUCUCUGAGGAUCCUGAGAAUCAAAUUGUUCUGUCAAAAGAUGCAAAGAAAUCCGCUGAUAUGAAGAAAGGCUUGUUGUCCUGUCACCGUUGUCUGAUAUAUUUGGGCGACCUUGCUCGUUAUAAAGGAAAUUAUGGAGAUGGUGAUUCCAGAGCUCGUGAUUAUGUAGCUGCUUCAAGUUAUUACAUGCAAGCUGCCUCUCUUUGGCCAUCAAGUGGCAAUCCUCAUCAUCAGCUUGCAAUAUUAGCCUCUUAUUCUGGGGAUGAUCUGGUGGCAAUUUACCGGUACUUUCGUAGCCUAGCGGUGGAGAGCCCUUUUUCAACUGCAAGGGACAACUUGAUUAUUGCAUUUGAGAAGAAUCGUCAGAGCUACUCACAGUUGCCUGUGGAUGCCAAAGCCUCUGGUGUCAAGGAUGUGCGUGGCUCUGCGAAAGGAAGAGGUAAGGAAGAAGCAAGGGUUCCAUCCAAAGAUGCUAAAAUUGAACCCAGUUCCACAAAGGAAAGAUCUGGUAGCAUACCUGAGGUUUAUAAAGUAUUUUGCAUUCGAUUUGUCCGACUAAAUGGUAUCCUCUUCACACGUACAAGUUUAGAAACUUUUGGAGAAGUCUUCUCUUUGGUUACCAGUGAUUUCCAUGAGCUUCUUUCUUCUGGACAAGAAGAAGACCUAAAUUUUGGUUCAGAUGCUGCAGAGAAUGGACUUGCCAUUGUUAGGCUUGUUGCCAUUCUCAUAUUCACGGUUCACAAUGUGAAUAGGGAGGUUGAUGGCCAAUCAUAUGCUGAGAUCUUACAGCGGUCUGUUUUGCUUCAGAAUGCAUUUACUGCUGCUUUUGAGUUUGUUGGAUACGUUCUUGAAAGAUGUAUACAGUUGGAGGAUCCAUCUUCAAGUUAUCUUUUACCAGGCAUUCUUGUUUUUAUGGAAUGGUUAGCUUGUCGUCCUGACAUUGCUGCUGGCAGUGAUAUUGAGGAAAAGCAAGCUUCUGCUAGAUCGUUCUUCUGGAACCAUUGGAUAUCCUUUAUGAACAAACUUGUCUCAUGUGGAUCUGUAUCCCUUGUUAAUGAUGAAGAUGAAACUUGCUUUUUCAAUAUGAGCCGGUAUGAUGAAGGUGAAACAGGUAAUCGGCUUGCACUAUGGGAGGACUUUGAGUUGAGGGGAUUCUUACCACUUCUUCCUGCACAACUCAUUCUGGACUUCUCAAGGAAGCAUUCCUUAGGUGAUGGUGGCAAUAAGGAGAAAAAGUCACGUUGCCAGAGGAUUAUAGCAGCAGGAAAGGCUCUUGCAAAUGUGGUUCAAAUUGAUCAGCAGGGGGUUUAUUUUGAUCAGAAGUUGAAGAAAUUUGUUAUUGGUGUUGAGACGAAAAUAUUUGAGGACAGCCUUCUUGCUUGUUCAGACAUUGCUCAAUCUAACAGUAUGAAACAAGUAAGUUCCGUGCAGAAAAAUUUAAAUUUGGACUCUGUGCAAUCAAAACCACAGUUACAUAUGGAAGGCGAAGAUGAAGAAGAGGUGAUUGUAUUCAAACCAACAGUGGCUGACAAACCUGUGGAUGGGAUUGUUCCAAAGUGGGCCUCAAGUGAGACUUGGGAACCUGUCCAAGUUACUUCCGGAUCUGAGUAUGGAACUUAUGCUGGUUCUUUCUCGGCCUCUGCUAACAAUCUUCCCCUGCCUGUUUCUCUGGAUCCCAGUUCACGACUAUCUGCCCCUUUUUCUAAUAUUGACUCUGAACAUUUUCAACCAAUCAAUGCAAGUUCCUCAAAGUGGCUUGUGGAGCAGCAAGAUUCUCUUGCUAAUGGUUUGGCAAACUUGAGCUUUGUAAGCAACGGGCUUAUUGGAAAAUCAGAGUUGCAAGAUAGCUUCAAUGUUUCACAGCCUUCUGCUCUUUCACUUCCUCUUCCGCAACCUGGCAACAUUGCUGCUGGAAGUGUGUUUUUGAGUCUGACAAAUGCUCCUGAAACUGUGAUACCAUCAAAGUUCGAUUCAAUUAUGUCCUCGGUAACUAAUGUUGAUAACCUGACUGUGAAGCCAUCAUCAGCAUUGCCUGCAAAUUUGAGAAAGAAUCCAGUUAAUAGACCUGGUAGGCAUUUUGGGCCUCCACCUGGGUUUUGCCCCAUGCCUUCUAAGCAAGUGGACGACUCCUUGUCUGGUUCAGAUUUGAAGAAUGAGAAUCCACUAAUGGAUGACUACAGCUGGUUAGAUGGAUAUCAGUUGUCAACAUCAACCAAAGCAACAACACAGAGCUCCAUUAACCACAUGACACAUGCCUAUUCUCAUUCCAAUUUUAAGAGUAGUGCCAGCAUGACUGAGGCAAUUAGCUUUCCUUUUCCUGGAAAACAAGUUCCAAGUGUGCAUGCCCAACUGGAAAACUGGAAAGGCUGGCCGGAGCACCAACUCCAGGAGCAUCUGAAAUUAUAUCAGGGACAGCAGCAACAGCUACAUCAGCAGGGUGACAAGCAAUCUACAUCAAUGCCAGAGCAAUACCAAGGACAGUCUCUCUGGACAGGCCGGUUCUUUGUGUGAGAUUCUUAUCAAAUGAUAGAUGAAUCUUUUGUCAUCGCCUUAUGCCCGGGUGCUACCAAGUUUGGCCUUGACCUUUGCAGCAGACCUUAAGUGUUAUUAAAUUUCUGUUGGAGCAUGGAUGGUCUUGGAUUCUUGCAGGCACUUGCAUCUGAAUAAGCUUGUGCCAAGAUUUCCAGACCAGAGGAGCAAAGAUCGUGAUGGGGAUUCAUGGUGGGGGAUGAUUUUAAGUGGGUUAACUAAAUGCAUUUAUCUGGUUCGGAUGGUUGAAAUUUUAUGUAUAUCAAAGAUCUUUCAUUGGUUUGGGCGAUAUUUCUCAGAGCUGUUUGAAGUGAAUUGAAGCACUUACAUAACUAGACUGAGAAUUGGUCCAUCUGUUUGAGGAAAGGUGUAGCAGUUGGAGGAAUGUUCAUCAUCGUAGUCUCAUUGUCAGCAGCAGCAUUAGGCAGCAGAGUAUAACGAUAGAUACCUACCGACCUGGAUGGAAUUUGUCUUACCUCAGUGUGCAUCAUAAUCGGGGGGCGGGUUUGCUGGGCAACAAGUUUGGAUCAUAACCGAGUCAAUGAGAGAUGGUAACUGAGUAGUAAGUAUAUAUAAGAAGUAUAUAUAACUUGGUCUAUGUUAUUGCUAGUCCAUAAACUACUGGUAAUAGUCUAUUCCAUUUGGAAUGGUAUUGAACUCGGAUAAUGGUUGUCAUCUUAUUUCAGUUGAGUCGUAAGGCAGAUUCGUCUGUCAGCAACUGUUUUAUGAAUAUUGGCUUGGAGAAUAAGUAAAUUGUGAGAUAUGGGCUUUAUUUUUUUGUUUUGUUACUUUUUAUCGAAAAUGAGUCGGCCUAAGAUACAAACAGUUUGGUACUCUUAGCAUUUUGGAAUGUUUUAUGAA